ACCUGCUGCACACUUGGGACUUCCGCACGCUCCUCGUAAUGAAGCUCCAGAUCGUCCUCGCUGCUCUCGCCGCUGUGAUGUUGCCUGUCCAUGGUGCAAAGUUGCAGUGCAGUGGAGCGGUCUCUGACAGCAAUGGUAACCCCGUCGCUGAGAGCUCGGGUUUCUUGACGGCCGACUUCACCCAGAAGGCCUGCGCCGCGUCGGGCGGUUCGAUCGAACCUAACAGGAAGGGUAACGAUAAGUGCUGCGUCGUUUCCAACGAAGACGCAUUUUUGAGUUCGUGCAGAGGACUCAAGGCUGGAAGCCAAUUCCCGAAUGGCCGCCCCAUUCCCGCGCGGUGCUGGGGUGAUUGAUGGUAACGGGCGACGGUGUACAAGACUCCAAACGGGCUACUGUAGACCUCUGAGACAAAUCCAACCACAAAGCAAUGUCGCGUUAUCUUGUC